UCGGAAAAGUGUGAUCUUGUCGACGCCAGGAAUUCGUGAGAUUCUUCUUAUUACGUUACUGCUACUCCCUCUCUCUCGAUCCGGCUAUAAGACCUCCGGGAAAUGCCACAUCCUUGGUGGCAAAUGGCUCGUCAGGAAAUGUCUCUCGUAUCCUUCCUCCGCAGCAAUGGAAUCACUCACGUCCUCCGGAACGACGAAUCACAGGUGGAGACUAAGGUGCUCGAAGGAAAGAUCGUUGGCUUGCUCUUCUCGGUGGAAUCAAACAAGUCAUGCAGCACCUUCGUCAACAAGCUGCUGGGUAUCUACGAUGAAAUCCAAAAGAUUUCCACCGCUGGCGCUGGUGGUGUUGGAUUCGAAGUGGUGUUUGUUUCGGGUGACACGGAUGAGGCGAGCUUCAAGCAAUCCAUGAAGAAAAUGCCUUGGCUGGCACUACCGUUCGACGUCAAAGGAGCAACGACUGCGAAGCUAGCUCGACGUUUCAAAGUGGAAGUGAUGCCAAGCUUGGUCCUUGUUGAUUCCAAUGGAACAACAUUGCUAUCGAGAUAUGGUUACAGCUUGGUCACCAGGUUUGGAUCGAAGGCUUUUCCUUUCGCGCAAGAACACAUCCAAGACCUGGAAAAAGUGGAGGAUCAAAACGCCAGCAAGCUUCCCGUGGAACUCAAAGAUGGAACGCACGAGCAUGUCUUGCUGCUAGUGAAAGACCCCUAUGACAACGCAAUGUUUACUUGUGACAAAUGCCAGGAGGAUGGGUGUGGAUGGUGUUACCAUUGCAAGGAAUGCUCCUACGAUCUACACUUGGACUGCAUCAAACCAGUCCCCAAAACACCUGUGAAGGAGAUCAAGGAUGCGAAGGACCAGAUCAAGGAUAAAAAGGAUCAGAUCAAGGAUGCGAAGGACCAGAUCAAGGAUAAAAAGGAUCAGAUCAAGGAUGCGAAGGGCCAGAUCAAGGAUAAAAAGGAUCAGAUCAAGGAUGCGAAGGACCAGAUCAAGGAUAAAAAGGAUCAGAUCAAGGAUGCAAUGGAUCAGAUCAAGGAUUCUCCAUCCACGCAGAUUGAAGGCAAAGCUGGUGCCAUGAUGGACACUUUCAAGCAAAGAAAAGGAUCUACAAGCGUUGCCCUCAUUAGUUUCGUUCUGAUUCUUCUCGCAUUGUUAUGGGUUCUUGGUUUUCUUGGACGAAAGUUCUUCCUCGAGAAGAAGAAUGCUGCAUAAAAUUCACUAUAAAAUUCAUAACAGAUAAUUA